AGGAGCCGCGAUCUCGGGUCGCAACCGCAGUACCGCACCCUUUGGCAUCACAAACGAUGGACUACGCCGGAGCUGCUAACCCGGCCGCGGCGGCGGCAGCGGCGGCGGCUUCCGAUUCCGAACACGCACACUACCCCCACCCUUACGCCGGCUACCCGUACCCCUACGGCGCCUACCACCAACCCGCCCCGGCCACAGCCACGGACCCGUCCGCCGCGGCCGCCGGCUCGUCAUCUUAUUACUACCCUAUUCCUGGCGCCAUGCCGUCCGUCGUUGCGCAGUACAACCCUUACGCGGCGUACCAAUACUACGGUCCCCCGUCGGGUGCCGCUAGCGAUGCGGGUCUCUCGGGAUAUUACUUCACCGCCGGCGAGUCGUUGCAGCAGGCGGCCGCAGCCGCGUCGGCAACGCAGGUUGCUCAGACAGCGACCGGGAAGGAGGCGGGGAAGCACUUCGGGUUCGAUCCCCAGCGCUACGCGCAGGCAGCAGCCGCUAGAGCAUCCAAUGGAAUGACAGAACCAGCUGCAGCCCCAAGCAUGCACCAUGCCCAGUGGAAUGCCCAUUUUGGGCAUCCUGUGCUAAAGAAUGUCUUGAGAAAACAAAUGAGGAAAAAGCCGAAGAUUGUGCAACCAGCACCAUGUGAGGUCUGCAAGAUUCAGUGCGAUACCCUAGAGGUUCUCAUGAUCCAUAAGCAGGGGAAGAAGCACAAGAAAAACUUGGAGAAGUUACAAGACUCCAUUACCCCAAAACCAAUACUAAAGCCCCCAAGUAAUGCCAUGGGACCAACUAUGGUGCCUUCCGCUGCUGAUAACUGUGUGGUUCCAGCUGUGCAGCCAAAGAAGAAGAAGAUCUCCUCAGCAGCAACGCCAGCAGAUCUGGAGGUGAAGAAGAGGCGAGUUCUUGAGGCCGGAGCAGCUCAAGGAGAAGUAAAAAUCUGCACCGUUUGCAAUGUUGUUGUAAACAGCCAAAAAGUCUACGAAUUUCACAUAGCUGGGCAGAAGCACCAGGCCAUGGUACAGAAGCAGCAAUCGCUGCAUUUUGCAGCAUAAGAUGGGUUCUUGUCCAGAAGUUUCAUAGGAACCAGAAUUCAGAACGUUCAUAUAUUCAAAUGUGUUAUUAACUAGCUAGGGAUCGCCAAUCUCUACUGUUCCUGUACUCUUGUAGCGUAGCAAACGUUUCUUAGAUUGUGGAGAACCAAAAAUUGUACUCUGUCUCUACUUUGUUUAUCAACGUGUUCACAUUGCAGAUCAUGAAA